AUGCUCCUGUUGUCACUGCUGAAGACAGCUCAGAAUCACCCCAUGUUCGUGGAGCUUAAAAACGGGGAGACGUACAGUGGGCACCUGGUAAGCUGUAACAGCUGGAUGAACUUCAACCUGCGCGAGGUGAUCUGCACAUCUAGGGAUGGGGACGAGUUCUGGCGGAUGCUCCAGUGCUACCUCCGCAGCAGCACCAGUAGGUACCUGUGCAUCCCCAGUGAGAUCACGGACAUGGUCAAAGAAGAGGUGGUGGCCAAGGGUCGUGGCUGUGGUGGCCUGCGGCAGCAGAGCAGUGAAAGGCCGUGA